CGCGGCGAUAACCACGCGAAGUAGACGGAGAGUCCUGCUUUAUCUAACACAGAAGGAUCGUCGUACCGCAGAAGUAGGUGGACAAGCGGAGAAAGGAAGAGAGUUCAUCUGCGUUGAUGGCAAUCGACAACUUCGCUUUCUUUGUGUGACUAGUUUUUUUGCGUACCUUCUGCGUAGUGGUGGACACUUUCUAGUGCUCACAACUUGGCACGAAGAAGAGAAGAGCACAUCUGAGCUUGGGUCUUCAUCCUUCAACAUACUGCGUGUGAGUGUGUCUUCAUCCUUCAUCCCAUACAACGCGGCAGUAUCGUCUCCAGCAUCCUUCUUGGUCUUCGCAUACUUACGAGCCAUCCUCUUUGCGUCCCACGAACCAUUUUUUGAUUGUACCAGGCCAGGAGUCCACUUCUGCUUACAGGUCUCCACAAGAAAACACCACACCAGUGAGUCUACAGACGACAGACGAGGCUCCAUCCAGACCGCAGACGAGUCUCCACUCAUCUCCCUAGCCGACGUCACCGGAGAUUCUCUAUGGAGUAAAACGGCUUGUUGUGAGGAGACCUUGUUGGAAAAGACGUGA